ACAGGCGCUGGUUCACCCAGGUCCCCUGGAGCAGCUGCCAACUAUCAAGCCCCAAGGAACGCUGUAGAGCCAUUGUCCAGUUGGCUCUAGGUAGAUUCAGAGCAGCAGCCAAUAAUCUGAGUUAAAGGUCAUUCACUCUAGUGCUGCCUAUCACAGGAACCGGGGCUGUCAUGGCAGAUCAAAAAACAACAGCAGACAGCAUGGAACACACCCUUUCCUCUGUUCCACUCAGAAGCCUGGAAAAAGUUCCAGGAAACUGAUCAGCUAGUAAAGAAGGCAGCCGAAAAAAUUAGAGCAAAAGUCCUGUAUCCUAUGAAGGCUUCCAAAGCCGAAGAAAAGGACACUAGAAGAAGCCAAAAAGUCUGGAGAAACAAAUAUCCGAAAAACAGGCAGAGCAGGAAAGGAUGCCUAAUCCAGCUCAAAUAGAGCCUGUCAGUUCCUGCUCUCUGCAGCGACAGUUGUUGCCUCUGUCAAAUGCUGCAGUUCCAAUGGCUUGGUCACCAGAGGGUGAUAGAGAGCAUAUUCUCCUUCAGCCUUUUUCAACAGGAGAAAAUGAGAAAGGUAUUUUUUCCUUCUCCUACCUAGCAACAGAGGAGGAGGAAACACAGUCUAGGAAUAGAGCCUUGGCCCCAGAGGCCACAUUCACUCACACUGCGGCGGGGCUCCGCCCAGGGGACAGGCAGUGCUCUGGGUUAUCUGAAGAAAUUAAAUUCUUCAUUUCAGAAGCAAGAUCACAUGGUAUUGCCACAGAAUUCAAAAAAAGAUGGCAACUGACCUCAUUAGCAACUGAACCACUCUGCCAACCUAACCAACAAUACCAGCUCACAACAGAGACAUUUAGGUUCCAGGGUCCUCCAUCUCCAGAACCUUCCAUGAGAAACUCAGCAUCAGCAUUGGAGGAUGAGGAGCAAAGAGAUCAGGCCAUGUCAGAGGAUGAGGAUCUCAUCCCUGAUGCUCCACCUUUUACCGGCCUUUUCCAUCCAGUUCUUUUCAAAUCCUGGUCCACAGUUCAGAAAGGAGUAGAGCGCCGGGCCCCUGAGGAACCUUCAGACUCCCAGGGCCUAAACAACAUCGUAUUCUCUGAGCCUGCCAUAACGCAGAAGGACAUCCCAUAUCCUAAACUAUUUUUGAAUGUAGUUCAGAGACAAUGGGGCCAGCCAUGUUCCAUUCCUGCCAUUCCAGUCAUUCCCCACCCCUGGUGGAAAUGACAAAAGGUUCUUCAAUAUAGCUCCCAUCCUCACUGAGGCUCUUCAACUUCCUACAGUGGAUGAACCACUGGCAGCCCUGACAUUUUCCAUCGUCAUGUCUGGGGACAUAGCAGAGACCCUAAAGGCAGAGGACAGGAGGGCAAAACUGAACUUCUACAGGAUGCAUCAGGCCAAUGCCUGGGCUGUCAAAGCAGCAACAGCCACUCCCUUCUUUACAAGAACCUCCUUACACUGGCUUCACCAGUUGCAAGCGAGAAUGCCACCUGAGGAAAUUUGGCUUCUCCAAGACAUCAAUAAACUGGUGGCCGCAGCCAAAUUUUCAGCUGAUGCUACUUUGCAUACAGCUCGGUUUCCCUCUAGGGCUCUUGCUUCCACAAUAACACCACGCCAACUGCUAUGACUUCACCAAUGGCAGUCAGACAUAAAAACCAAGUAUAGGCUAGCCUCCGCCCCCUAUAAGGGGAACACUCUAUUUGGGGAGGCCCUAGAACCUUUUCUUGUUGAAAACAAGGAUAGACGGAAGAUCUUGACCUCUGUGGCCAGGCAGGCAGAUUUCUGCCCCUCGCCAUAUGUGCGUCGGCAGUCCUUUCAGCCGACGGAUGCCGGCCUCGACAAUGCUCAAUUCCACCAGCCCUACCCACA